AUGGUAGUCAAUAGGAAAAGAAAAUCCGUUGAGAAGGGAGAUACAGCUUCGUUAAUCACUAAGAAGAAGUACAAUUUAAGAACUUCAAAUAACCAAAUUGAUUAUAUUUCAUUGAAUGAAGGAGAUGGUGUUAAAAGAAAGAAUGAACCUCCACAUUUAAAAUCGUUUAAUGAUUGUUUUAAUAGAUAUGUUGGUAAUGCACAGGAUAAACGUAUCCCUUAUAAAACGUUUGUAGAUACAUUUGAUGAUAUCAAGGUACCAUAUUUGAUUAUUGAUCCAGAGAAUUCAGGGAUGGAAGUUCCUGAUCAGUUGACGGUUGAAGAAAUUACAAAGAGGUUGGGAGGAGAUUGUAAGAUUAAUGUUAUGGAUGUUCUGACACAAGAGAAUGAAAAAUGGACAUUAUCAAAAUGGAAUGAAUAUUUUACAAACACAUCAUAUUUGCAAAGAGACCGACUGAAGAAUGUGAUAUCAUUUGAAGUGUCAGAUUUUGCGAAGAGAGAUAACUUCGUAGUUAAGAGGCCUACAGUGGUCUCUGAAAAUGAUCUAGUAGAUAUUGUAUGGGAUAGAUACUGUAAUUGUGAUGGGGAGAAUGGUGUCUAUGGUCCAAGGCCAAAAGUUACAAAAUACGUGUUGAUGUCAGUGAGAAAUGCUUACACAGACUUUCAUCUGGAUUUUGCAGGAACUCCAGUGUAUUAUAAACUGUUGCAAGGAAGUAAAAAAUUCAUUUUGUUCCCUCCAACUUCUCACAACAUUGAACAAUAUCUACAAUGGUGUAAUAAACCUGAUCAAACAUCAAUUUUUCUUGGGGACCAUUUACAAGACGGUAUAGCCAUGGAAUUAAAGGCCUCAGAUUUAUUUUUGAUCCCUGCAGGUUAUAUCCACGUGGUGUACACCCCGGAAGACUCGUUGAUUGUUGGAGGAAAUUUCUUGACAUUCAGAGAUAUACUGACUCAUUUGAAAAUUGUGGAGGUUGAAAAAGAAUCGAAGGUACCUAAAACUUUUACUUUCCCGAAAUUUGAAGCUGUGAUGUAUAAAACCGCUGAAUGGUUGAUAGACGAAAUAGAAUCGGGGUCCAAAUUUUCGAAUGACGGUGACCUCCCAACUAUAAUAAAGCAAUUAAGUAGCAUCAUCACCAGUUCAAAACUAAAAUACUCAUCGUCAUCGUUUAACUCGAAAAAGGAGAUGAUCGCUAAAUUGAACUCAUUACGCAAAGAAUCCCCAUAA